CAUAUUAAAAGUUUCAACCAAGAAUGGCCGUGAAGAUCUCGACCACUUCAGUAUUGAUCCUCUCACUUGCUCUGCUUAGCUUCGGCCAUUGUUGUUAUGGCCAACUUCGAGCCGGAUUCUAUAAUAAAGACUGCCGAAACGUAGAAAACAUCGUAUCUAGAGUUGUUGGAGAGGCAUUCUUCAAGGAUCCAUCCCUUGCACCCGCAAUGAUCCGCCUUUAUUUUCACGAUUGUUUUAGCAACGGAUGUGAUGCAUCGCUUCUUCUAGAUGGUACAAGCAGUGAGAAAAAGGCGUCGCCAAAUCUAAGCGUACGAGGAUACGAGUUGAUUGAUGACAUUAAAACUGCGGUCGAACAAGAAUGCAGUGGGAUCGUUUCUUGUGCUGAUAUCAUCGCUCUCGCGACUAGAGAUCUUGUUACUCUUGCAAGCGGAGGAAAAACAUGGUAUGCGAUACCAACAGGACGAUUUGACGGUACUGUCUCUUUGGCUUCGUCUGUGGAUUUGCCAUCUCCUCGGUGGACAGUCUCCCAAACGGCUGAGAAAUUUUUUGACAGGAAGCUAAGCCUUACCGAUAUGGUUCUACUUCUUGGUGGACAUACGAUUGGAGUGACACAUUGUUCGUUCAUCAUGGAUCGAUUAUAUAACUUUCAGAAUACGAAACUCCCUGAUCCAUCCAUGGAUUCUAAAUUGGUUGAAGAACUAAAACUCAAAUGUCCUCAGCGUUCGUCAAGUGAUGGCAUCAUUAAUUUGGAUCAAAAUAUUACGAGUUCCAAUACUAUGGAUGUAUCUUNUUUUAGCAACGGAUGUGAUGCAUCGCUUCUUCUAGAUGGUACAAGCAGUGAGAAAAAGGCGUCGCCAAAUCUAAGCGUACGAGGAUACGAGUUGAUUGAUGACAUUAAAACUGCGGUCGAACAAGAAUGCAGUGGGAUCGUUUCUUGUGCUGAUAUCAUCGCUCUCGCGACUAGAGAUCUUGUUACUCUUGCAAGCGGAGGAAAAACAUGGUAUGCGAUACCAACAGGACGAUUUGACGGUACUGUCUCUUUGGCUUCGUCUGUGGAUUUGCCAUCUCCUCGGUGGACAGUCUCCCAAACGGCUGAGAAAUUUUUUGACAGGAAGCUAAGCCUUACCGAUAUGGUUCUACUUCUUGGUGGACAUACGAUUGGAGUGACACAUUGUUCGUUCAUCAUGGAUCGAUUAUAUAACUUUCAGAAUACGAAACUCCCUGAUCCAUCCAUGGAUUCUAAAUUGGUUGAAGAACUAAAACUCAAAUGUCCUCAGCGUUCGUCAAGUGAUGGCAUCAUUAAUUUGGAUCAAAAUAUUACGAGUUCCAAUACUAUGGAUGUAUCUUUCUACAAACAGAUAAAUUUUCGCCGAGGAAUCCUCCAUAUCGAUCAACAACUUGCCAUCGACGGAAUGACAAGUAAGAUAGUGACAGAUAUAGCCAAUGGUAACGAUUUCUUGUUUAGGUUUGGUCAGGCAAUGGUGAAUUUGGGAUGGGUGAGAGUUAAAACUAAGGCCAACAGUGGGGAGAUAAGAAAAUCGUGUCGGUCUUGCAAGGAUCCAUUGUUUUGCACAACUGGCUGAAUAAAAACUAAGCGCCAAUAUUGUGUUUAACAUAUUUUGUUGUUGUUCAUCUGUUCUUGUUAUUUUUCAUUUGAUUAUUAAUUAAGUCUAUUACUUGUUGUGAGACAUA